AUGGGAGGAAACCAAGGGAAUAAAUGGAGAGGCAAUCUGAAUCAGAACCAAGGGCAGUACCAGCCAGGAAAUCAAGGCUUUGGGGGAAAUCAAAAUCAAGGAUCCUCUAAUUCUUCUCAAGAUGUGGACAUGGCCAAUAUCAUGAACCAAUUGUUGACUCAAAGAGAAGGCACUCAAGGUUCAAAUCAAGCCUCAACUUCUAGUGGCAGACUUCUAGCUAGUACAGAGAAUCCAAGAAAUCAAGUGAAUGUCAUUACCACUAAUAGUAGAAAAGCUUUGAAGGAUCUACCUUUCCCGUCUAAUGACCCAGUGCCUGAGAGGAAUGAUGAGAGAGAUGAUGGCCAAGAGGAAGUUGAAGUGGAGAUUGAAAGUGACAAAGAAGAGGAGCCUUUGAUUCAGAGAGAUAAAUCAAAAGGAAAGGCUCCUAUGCUAGAAGAGAGUGCCCCAGGCAAGAAGAGAGUGAACAAGGGUAAGGAGAUAGAUGACUCAGUGAUUCCUUGCAACUUAUUGCUAUUUCCACAGAGAUUGUGGAAAUCAAAAGAGUCCGAGAGAGAGAAUAAAUUUCAUAAGAUGCUUGACAAGUUGGAGAUCUCUAUACCCUUUGUUGAAGCUGUGACUCAGAUUCCUUCAUACAAACAAUUCUUGAAGAACAUAUUGAGUAACAAGAAGAAACCAGAGAAAAGUGUUAAAUUGCCCCCUAAGUUGAAGGAUCCCGGAAGUUUUGCCAUUCCUUGUAUAAUUGGUGGGUUUUUAGUGGGUGGUGCUUUGUGUGAUCUAGGGGCAAGUGUUAGCCUUAUGCCCUAUUCUCUUUGUAAGAGGCUCAACCUUGGUGAGCCCAAGCCUACUACCAUGACUAUACAGAUGGCAAACCGUUCCAUUAAGUGCCCAGUGGGAGUUCUUGAAGAUAUCCCGGUGAUGAUUGAUCAAUACUUUAUAUCGGGAAAUUUUGUUGUUUUUGAUAUAGAGGAGGAUGCCAAUGUUCCCAUAAUCCUUGGCAGGCCUUUUCUAGUUACUGCUGGGGCAAUCAUUGAUGUGAAGAGAGGAAAACUUGUGAUGGAAGUGGCUGAGAAAAAGAUUGAGUUUGACAUAUUCAAGAUAGCCAACCACCAACCCUCCUAUGUUGAUGGUGUCACAUGA